GCCGAACUAUAGCUGGCUAGCUAGCUGUUGGUUGUUGUUUACUUCUCAAUUGUGCAUUUUUGGUAAAAUCGUACAGUAAUGAUCUCUAUAUCCCUAAUAUUUUUUGUUCAUUUGUUACGUGAUCCAACACAAAAAUUCAUAGCUUCUUAACACAGCCAGUUCUUUUUCAAAAUUAACGUUGUCAAUGUAUAUCGCAAAAUAGUCAGUUGUCGAUGAAAUUAGGACUAGCCUAUGACGAUGUCUAUGUGUACAGUAAAGUAUCAAGACAUCAUUACAGGUUUUGGUAAAAGCCAUGCUGGAAAUUUCUACUAACUCUGGCGAGGAUCAAAGAUUCAAAGAGAAGAAACCAAAUUUUAUUUGUAAGCUGUUCAGACGCAAGAAAAGUUUUGGGCAUAGCUGUGUAAGGAUUGACAACUCAACUAUUUCAAGAAUGGACCAGGGUGACAAUGCAGGUGUCGGGGUAGCCCGGGUGCCUUCAUCUCUGUCUGUGAGAGAUGUGUUGGUCGUCCCGUGUGGUUCUCCCUUCCCCACCACCCCUGCUCGCACUAGGGACAUUGACACCGACAUGGAGGCCUUGCGUAUCUCUCGCCAAGACAACCCUUUCUUGAAGCAAGUUCUAGCCAGUCGGGAAAGUUUAGCUGACAGUUUGGAAGAAUCAGAGUCAGAUGACAUCAAUCUUAUGUCUCAGGAGUUUUCUGGGGAUUUCACAACAGACCCGUUCUCUUUACCUGAGGUCCAUCAACAUAUGAUCCGGUCACCUCCUCCCACCUCUUGGCCACGAUCUCCAAAUUUCAAAAUGUUUAGAUUUCCCAAUGAUAGUGAACAAGACUCUUAUCAGGAAAGCCCGACAAGGAAGAGUCCAUCCAGACUAUCAUCUGUGUCUCCAAGGCAUGACAAAGCGAAUGAGUUUCUUCAUGAUCGCAGCUUCUCCCUGUUGACUCCAGCGCCACUGCGCUCGUUGACCGACGUCCGUCGUCUGCACUCGAGGUCCAGUGAGGAGAGUCAACAGCUGAUGCUGUCAGAUCCUGCAAGCAAACAUUAACUGAAAGGUGCUGGUCAUCUCUUCUAGUCAUCUAGAUCUAAGCGUGUAAAAUAUAGCAUACUAUCUGUCUGUAGUGUGUAUGACAUUGGGUUAUAAAAUAAAAUUAUAAAUUAGUAAAUUAAGAAAUAAGUAUGUUUUUAAAAUAAUAAUAAAUUGUGUUGAGUCUAAAUAGUCUAUGAAGAGUUAUUAAAUUUGCCUACUAAGCAAAUAUUGAUGGAUUUGUUACAUAGGAACAUUUUGAUCUUAAACCUAAUGAUAAAAUAGGUCACUCUCAAACUAAUCUAUAUUUACCUAUAAUAAUAUCAACAUUUACUUCAUGCUGUUGUCGUGGUCAGACAAGUUUAGUUUAUCACAAUCCAGUUCUAAUAUGUUUUCAAGGUUGUCUAGCUCUUAAGUAAAAUUCCAACCUAUAUCUGAUCUCAAUGCUUACGACUUUCUCAAUUAUUUUACUGUUGAGACAUAAAAACUACACAUUGUAUCCAUUUAAUACAAUCAACUCAUACAUAAAGAUAACUCCAUAGCAAAUACCCAUUUAAUAUUAUGUUAGACAGAUUGAGACUCGUCUCUUGAUCACUAGCACCCACUCAUUGUUGAAAUAUUAAGGGAAUCAUGGGGAACAUUAUUAUAAAAAGUAUUUUUUUUUCUAAAGAUGUUAAAUAAAAAAAAAUCCUAAUGUCUAAACUAACCUAUCCUUACUUUCACAACAUGAUGCAAAGUUCAAGUAUCAUUCCACACAAUAUUGUACCUAAUUAGCUUGUUUUUUGUUUUUUUUACCAAAUAUGAUUUAUUUAUCGUAAACAUAAAUAUAUUUGUUAAAAUUAUAAAAAUUGGUUUAAAAGUUAUGUGUGAUAUAUCAUUCAUUGUAAAAGUAAUAAAUAACAAGGUUGUGCAUUGACUUUAUUAAUUUAGCUUUUUAAUUUUUAGCAUGAACAACUGUUUUGGGACCUUUAUAAUGUAAACAAAUUUAGUUCUAUCCAAAAUUUGUUUAAUUAUUUAGACAUUUAGGCUACCAUAAUUAAUUAAAAAUAUUUUGCUGCAAAUGAGAGUUAGAUAGACCACAAACUAGUUUUUAAUAUUUAUCUAUAACUUAAAAACACUAUAAAGCAAACAAUAUGUGUUGGUAAAAAUAAUAUUAUAGUGCAGGCGUUCUCAAACUUCACCUACUCAAGGACCCUUGUAUUUAAUUAUGUAUGAAAUGCGGACCCCUACAAUUACCCCCCCCCCAUUAACCCCUUAAUUUUGAUUUAAAAUUUAUCACUCUUAAAAGAUUACUUAUUCAUAAUAAGGAAUAGGUUAAAAAAUAAAUAAUCAACAAAUAAACAAACCAAACUGUUAUUUUUAUAAAUAGAAAUUGGUUGUGGUGAUUAAACAUAAAUUUUAUAAAAAUGUUGUUCGCUACCCCCCAAAAACUACUCACGGACCCCUAGGGGAGGUCCGCGGACCACACUUUGAGAAACUGUUCUAUUGAGUAUGUCUGUUCUGUAUUAUUUCUGCAGUAUUUCAGUAUAAUAAAUAUAAGUUUUGACACAAGUUAGCAGAGAGUAUAAACAUUUAUCUCAGAAAGCUUGUCAAAAAGUAAAAAGGCUAGAUUGGGCAAUUUCACAUCAUAACAUAAACAAUUCUUCUACGUGUAAUUGGUGGCUGGGCAGGAAGGUAGGGCGCUAUACCUCAGUGCUGGGACAAGUGAAACAUUCCACUACUGCAAAAAUUGCCAUGUUACCACUACUAAGGGCAUAUUCAUUUUUUAAUCUUUUCAUUUAGCAAAAUUACAUGUUGAACCAUAGCCACCUCUAAUACACAAGGCCGCGACGUUCGAACUGGCAACGCCGCACUCACUUGCCGCCUGGGUCCGGCACACACGCUAGACUUUAAACAUCAAUGAGAGUUUGCUGCUCUGUAUCAAUGAAUGAAAGUAUGUAAAUGACAUAUAUUAGUGGCUUUUAGGGUAUGUUAAAAUGGACAAAUUAGAAUCUAGCUUGUUUAUUUAGUGAAAAAUGCAACAUACCACAAUAUGUCUAAAACUAAAAAUACAAACAUAAUGGUUUUUUGUUUCAUUUAUCGUAUUGUAAGUACAGUAGAGUCCCGCAAACUCGGCUCUCGAUAACCCGGCAGUCUGGAUAACUCGGCCAUCACCUGGCUCAGAAAAUUAGUGAUUUUUUGAGUUUGAGUUAAAAAUGGACUCAAGCCAAAUCAUUCGCAACUCAUACCAAGGAUUUGUUGUACUAUAUCUGAUGACUUAAUACUGACUUGUAAUAAAAAUAUAAAUAAAAAAAGGCAGUUAAUAAGCUUAAAAAUUUUAUUGUUCUUAUUUUUAACCCUAGUUCCUGAUAACCCAGCAUUUCACAAACUCGGCACCCUUCCAGUCCACAUUACGCCGAGUUUGCGGGACUCUACUGUACGAUGAAUUAGGAAAUGUAUGGACUUUGCAUAUUUCCUUUGUUAAUUUUAUAAUCUAUACUAUUAUAUAAAAAUCUAAUGGUAUCUGUAUAUGUGUUAUUCAAUAUCGUAAAAACUACUAGACCGACUGGGCUUAAAUUUUACAAAGAUAUAGCUACUAUACCAAGAAAGGUAAUAGGAAUUUUGCCACUUAGACUCCCAUUGCAAAUGGAUUUGUAGAGACUAAAAUCUAACAAUAAAAUUAAUUUUCAAUUUGAAAUAGGAAUAUUAUGUUUUAGCCUACCUGAGGAACCAUAAGUUAGCUACAACACAAUUUGAAGUUUUCAAUUCUUGUUUGAAGGCAUACUGACUAAUGAAUUGAUUUUCUUUGAAUAAUUACUAAGCAAAAUGUUUGCAAUUUUGUAAAUGAUUUCAGAAGCUAGGCCAUAUGGCUUUCCACAAUAUUAAUUGAAUUUUUGUCACAUCAACAUUCAGACUGAAUUCGGAGACUCUGAUGCUUUUAUUGUUAGAUGGUGUGGUACAUAUUUUUUACUAGUACUUAAAAGAAACACCGGUUUAUUUCUUUGAAGUGAUAGUUAUUUAUGUUAUUUUAAUCACGUAACAUAACAACAGCGUUUAUCAAUAAGAUACAAAAAUUAACUAGGAAAUAGUGUAGGUACGGUAUUCUCACCUAAAACUCGCUUCUCGCGUCUAUAUUUACACGAAUCGUUUUUAUUCUUAUACUAGCUGGCCCGACAGACGUCGUCCUGUCCUAUUGUGGUUUUAUGUCACAUGCUCGUUCAUUUUCAAGAUGAGCUCGUUCGCAUGGCUCAAUCACGUCCUGGUUGAAGUUCAUUCGCUACGCUCACUCACCUUUAGGUUGGAGCUCGUUCGCUGCGCUCUCUUGCCUUCAGGUUAGCUCGUUCACUACGCUAACUCGCCUCCAUGUUGAAGUUCGUUCGUUACGCUCACUCACCUUUUGGUUGCAAAUUAGCUGUUCUCAUAAAUUAAAAAUAAAUAUAGUGCUGCGCCCUGUUGGUAAACCUAUUAACUUUUUAAUGCUAUUGAACAUCACAGAAUCAAAUUGUUUAGUUGCACCAGCUGUUAAGAUUCUUUAAUUCCAUUUAAAUAUGAGUACUCAUAAGGUUAACAUGGGAAACUCCAGAGCCACUGGGGCGGAGCCCUAUUGACGGAUCUGCACCAAACUUCACACAAACCAUCCUUGAAUAAUACUUAAUAAUGCCUGAAAGUUUCAUUACAAUCUGUCGAGCGGUUUUGGAGUCCAUAAAGGACAAACAUACAAAUAUACAAACAUACAAAUAUACAAACAUACAUUGGAUUUUAUAUAUAUAUAGAAGAUUUGUUUACAAAUCUAAGUUCAUAUUCGUGAAAAUGUUUCACGCAAACACUAGAAUUGUUUUAAGGUGUCUAAUUUUACUGAAGAAUAGCUGGAAGCCACUGUUGCUUACGUGGCAGAUCACUUUCGCUGCGGCCUUGUGUACUAGAGAAGGCUAUGGUUGAACUGUCAAAAAUGUCAUUGGAUGCUCCUAAACUGAAAAGAAAUUGUUUAAUUUUUACCAAGUUAACUCAAUAGUCAUAUCCUUGUAUGUAAUCAUAUUUUCACAAUUCAACAUUUAACUUUGUAUGUAACAAAUAAACCUUAAAAAAUAAUAUAAAUCAAAUAAGUAGGACUAUGUUUUUAGGAAAAAGCAUUUAGCUUGGAUUAAAUAAAUAUAUAGGAUGGAGAGGACACAGCUAACU